UAAAUUGAAAUUGGUUGAUUUGAAAAUUCUGGGGUUUUCUACAUUUAUUAGUGUACACAGGAUCAUGGAAAGGGUCAAUCAAACCAACAGUGUCACUGAAUUCAUCCUCCUGGGACUAUCCUCCCGGCCAGAGGAGCAGAAGCCACUUUUUGUCGUCUUCCUCACCAUGUACCUCAUCACUGUGGUGGGGAACUUGCUCAUCAUUCUGGUCAUCCACUCAGACACUCGGCUGCAGACACCCAUGUAUUUUUUCCUCAGCACCCUAUCCUUCACUGAUGUUUGCUAUACAACAACCAUCAUUCCCAAAAUGCUGGUAAACUUUCUAUCAAAGAAGAAGACCAUCUCCUAUGCUGAGUGUAUGAUCCAAAUGUAUUUCUUCUUGGCUUUUGCCAACACAGAAAGCUACCUCCUGGCAGCCAUGGCCAUUGACCACUAUGUUGCCAUCUGUGACCCCUUCCACUAUGUCACCACCAUGAGCCACCACCGCUGUGUCCUGCUGCUGGCCUUCUCCUGCUCCAUCUCUCACCUCCAUUCUCUCUUGCUAGUUCUUCUGAUAAAUCGUCUCAUCUUCUGUGAUUCCAAUGUUAUCCACCACUUCCUCUGUGACAUCAACCCUCUAUUGAAAUUGUCCUGCUCCUCCACAUUUGUCAAUGAAAUUGUAAUUAACACAGAAGGAUUGAUAACCUUGGUGACACCCUUUAUUUGCGUCAUCAUCUCUUACCUACGAAUUCUCAUUGCUGUUCUUAAGAUCCCCUCAGUUGCUCGGAAGCAGAAAGCCUUCUCCACCUGUGGCUCCCAUCUCACCAUGGUGACCCUCUUUUAUGGAAGCAUCAUUUACGUUUAUUUCCGACCCCUGUCCAGCUACACUGUCAAGGAUCGGGUGGCAACAGUCAUCUACACAGUUUUGUCCUCCAUGCUAAACCCUUUCAUCUACAGCCUGAGAAACAAAGACAUGAAGCGAGGCCUGGAGAAGCUGAUGGGCAAGAAGAAGUCCUAGGAGGCACUUCUGUAGGCUUGUCCAGGAGUGACUCUUCUGUGGGCCCUGGUCUCUGAUGAUUUCUGGUGUAUACACCAAGCUACUUGAGGUUAGCAUACCUAAUUUGAGUGAUUCAUAGGGAAUGGAAUAGAUAUGACAAGACUAUAGUAUUAUGCCCAGUCUUAGAUAUUCGUAUCAGCCAAUCAAGGCCACCUUAUUAGAGCCUCCUGAUUAACCCAGGGUCUUUGUACCCAUCCCUCAUCCCUCCCCUACCCCUUUUCUCUUCCCACUUAUUCCUUCCAAGUGUAGCUGAAAACUAACAGUUUUCAUUAAUUUUUAUUGACCAAAUUUCUACUUGUUCAAUAAUACUCCAAAUUCCCAGU